AUGGCUGCUCGUGUUGGAAAUUCCCUAUACAAUGGCUAUAGCAACUUGAACUCCAUCAGCAUCGCAAACACUGACUAUGGAAAGAAGUACUCAACAACCAAUCUCCAAAAGAGCUUCACUGCUCAUACCCUCAAAUCAAAGGCUUCUUCUACUCUUCUAACAACUGAAAGUGACAUUCAAAAUAACAACAACAACAACAACAACAACAACAACAAUAACUCAAAUGUCAUUCAAAGAAAAUACCAAAAAUAUCGUUCUUUAUUACUCACAAGAAAACCCUCCCUUCAUCAAAACCACUCUCAAUAUUCAAAUGCUUUAAAUCUAUCUCAGACAUUAUCAUCUGUUGAUAAUCUAUCCCACUUACCCAACUUUCCUGAAUUAACUUACCCAUUAUCCCUAGCUGAUCUCCCCGAUAACGUUCUCACCUUGAUUAUAACCUAUGUUUCAACUGGCGUUAAAUACUCAAACACUCCUAUAAUUCCAAAAAAAAGGAAUCAAAAAUCAAAAAAAAUGAAUAAUGUAUCCUUUCUAACCCCUUCAGUUUUAAUCUCAAAUGACUCUCAAUCAAAUACUAACAAUAAAAUUAACAAAAUUAACAAAAUUAACAACAAAAACUACAGCUACCAUUACAAUCACAUCAACCUCAAAUCCUUUUUUAACGAUUUUAAUGCUGAUUAUAUUGAUUCCGAACUAAGAGAACAAAAAUAUCUCAACAAAAUACUAACCAAUUACAAAUACUCUCUUCAUUACAACUCUACUCCAAAUAAUUCAUUAAUCAAUCUAUUAUAUCUCAACAAAAAAUUCUAUAAAUUAACUUUACCAAUUCUUUACUCCAAAAUCAACUUCAGAUCUUCUUAUCGAUUUGCCCAAUUUAUUUCAACUAUAAGAAAAAAUAACUUAUUAGGUCUAUAUGUUAGAGAAAUCAAUUUGGAAAAUUUAGAUGUCUUAUAUUAUAUUCCCUUCUAUAACAACAUCAACAACUCAAAUACCUUUGUAAUUCUAUCUGAAAAGGAAAAAAACCAAAUUGAAAAUUUAAUUAAUUCAAAUGAUGAUUUUGAUGGUAAUUUUAAUAAAGUUGAUUUAACGCUCUACGAUACUCCAUCAAAUUUAAGAAAUAAUCAUAAUCACAAUAAUCAUAACAAUCAUAAUAAUAAUAAUCAUAAUAAUCACAAUAAUCACAAUAAUCACAAUAACAUUCACAAUAUACACAAUAUACACAAUAUACACAUUCACAAUAACAAUAAUAACCAAAAUCAUUUUAAUAACAAUCAAAAUAAUCUUAACAAUAAUCGAAUUCCUAACAGAGUGAAUAACCACUCUAACAAUCAACAUUUCAUUUCAUUACUACCAAAUCUCGCAGAUUUCGAAGAAGAUAGUAAAGAAAAUAACAUUUUAGCAGGAUGGAGAGACUGGAAAAAUAGAGGUGAUCCAUUGUACUCACUAUUAGUCCCAACUACUGCAAAAUUGCACAAAUCUCAAUCAAGCCCAUCAUUAAACAAAAAGAGAUCCGGUUCGAUUACAAGAGUGAAUUCAAGAGUAUCCAAUUUUUCCUACCAUAGCAAUUUUAGUUCUCAUUCAUUGACAAGAACAAAUUCAAAAAUCUCAUUAAUCAAAUCAAAUUCAACUUCUAAAAGAGCCAAUCUAAAGGCUAAAUUUAAAUUUUUUUUGAAUUUCAAGCAUAAAUAUUAUCAAAAUGAUAACACUAAUAAUAAUAACCAUAGUAACAAUAACAGUAAUAAUAACAAUAACAAUAACAAUAACAGUAAUAAUAACAAUAACAACAAUAAUAAUAACAAUGGAAAAGUCCAAAUGGGAAUUACUAAGAUUAAUUCAAAGAAAUCAUUGCCAUUUUCUAGCCCACAUCCAUUAAGAAAUAAAAUUAUGCAAAAAUAUUCAUCAAAGGAAAUACCAGUUGGAUUUAUAAUUCAUCUAUUAAAAAUUUGUGAAAGAAUUGAAGUGUUUAAUAUGAAUAAAAUAUUAUUAUCGCAAGAAUAUGAAAUUGAAUAUAAUGCUCAUGAUGAUUAUGGAGUAUUACUAAAGAAAAACGAGAAAAUUUUUAAAACACAACAACGUACAAUGAUAAGUUUAAAUACUAAAACUACGUUGAAUCCAUCACCGUAUAAGAGUAGUAAUAAUAGUAAUUCCACAUCAAGUUUUAAAAAAAAGAAUGUCAAUAUAGAUGAUGGAAGAAGUCGAGCUAAAAGUUUUGGUGAUACUACGACUAAUAAUAACAGUUAUACUAAUGUUGGCAAUUUGAAUAAUCUUAAUGACAGUAGUUCUAAUUUACUUUCUAACAAUGCCAAUUUAACAGUGAUCGAUCCAUACCAAAAUAUUAUUGGGGAGAUAGUGGCAGCAUAUGGAACAUCAGUUUAUUCCAGACAAACUAGCACAUAUAGAAGGGGAUAUGGUGGUAGCCCAUAUUCCAGUUUUUUUGAUAAUGGAAACAGUCGAUCUACUCCUAAUUUAAGACAGAUGAGUAGUAAUGGUAAUUUUAACAGUCCUAAUAACAAUUCAAGUGGAGAUAAUAAUAAUAAUAAUAAUAAUAAUAAUAAUUUACAAGAAGAGAUUAUAAAAUUGGCAAAAGAAUUUCCAAGUGUGACAUCAGCUAUACUUCGAAAUAUCAAUAAUCCUUCAACUUCUUCUCUGAUGUUUAAGAAUAAUGGGGCAGUAAAAAAUUUUUUGAAUUCGAUUCUGUUGAACGGGGAAGUAUCGAGCAAUUAUUCUAUUAAUUUUAGUAAUGUUGCUAAUGGUAAAAAAAAAAUGAGCAGUAAUUCGAAUUCAUUUGAAUUUGAGAUAUUAACUGAGAGCAAGAGUGAUAAUUUGGAUUUUUAUAAAGAUACAUUUGAUUAUGGAAAUAGUGGUAGUAAUAGUACUAAUAUUAAGAAGAAAAGUGAAGGAGUGAACGGUUAUUCUAAUAUUAAUUAUCUUAGUAUUAGUAAUGGUUCAACCAAUAAGGGGAUGAUUAGUUCCAGAUCAUAUAAUUCAGGAUUAGAAAUGGAGUUAUUUGAAGAAGAGGAAAAUGAUGAGAUUAAUCGCGAUUCAGGGAAAGGAAAAGAAAGGCAAGAAGUGAAACAGAAGAAAGAUAAGCAAAAAACAAGAAAGGCAGUCUGUUUUGAUAAAGAUAUCAAAGAAGAUAAGAAAGAAAAAAGUUUAUUGAAUACACCGCUUUACGAGUUAAGUAGCAAGCACUAUCCGAAUAAGGGGCAUAUUGAUCUCCAGCGAGAUUUGACUUUAUACUUGUCGGAUGUUAAAAAGGCCAACAAUUGGGAAUUAGACCAGUUGAGAAAGAUCAAGACAGUUGAGAUAAUGGACUUCUUGCAAAGUUUAAAGUACUUGAGAAAAGUGAGCUUGGGGUCUUUGAACUGGUUGAACGCAGACGUUGUAAAGAGGUUUUUGGUUUAUUCGCAGUCAAUUUUGAACCACAGUCUCAGAGAGAUUGAUUUCAGAAACAGUGGGAUGCUGAGAAACUUGGAUUGGGCAAUAGUUGGAAGCGUGGACGACGUAUUUAUGGCGUUCCACGAGGAGGAGCGCUUUGAUCCACUAGCUACGAUGGGCCAGAACUAUUUCAUAUAG